CGUGAGGAAAAGUGAAGGAGGGAGGAGGGACCGGUUUCCUGGGCAACGGGAGGAGGAGCGCGCGAGCUUAUCGCCGAGGAGGGGCGUGGCAACUGCGUCACAGAACUCGGGGGAAACCAGGCGCAGCCCGGAAGUCCCGUUCAGAUGACAGGCGGGGUGAAGUGCGCCAACUUUGAAACUUCUCCUCCAGGGGGCCUGAGGGGCAAAGGAGGCUCCAGCUCCCCUACGUGUUUAAAAGGCGAAUCCGCCUUCACGCGACCCUUCAGACGCAAAAUUAGAACGUUAAAAAGAGCGAGAGCCCCGGAUUUACCCCGCAUCUAUGAUAAAGAGUGGUUUGCUAGAACUGGGGCAGGAUUUCAACCUUUAGAAAGUUUUAGUAGCGGAGCUAUUAACUCUGUCCUGAAAAUGCGAAUUGCGUCUAGUCUUUUCUUAUCUCUAUGGGCGCACAGCCGCGUUGCUCUUUCUGGCUUUUCGAAGAAGUUUGAUCUGUGCCUUACCCCGUAGCCGGCUAGAGGCGGGGGGAAAAUCAGACGAAAUUCCCGCCAGUUUGAAUGUCUGUCUUGGGCUGUAGCUGCUUCUGGGACGAAAGGGACAGAUAAUCAAUCGGUCGAUAUCUUUGUGCUCCGGGUUGUAAAGCAGGGGCUGCUUUCUUUGGGUCGACUUUGACAGUUGUUUGACAGCACCAAGAUUCCUUUCAAAAGAUGUGGGAUGAUGUGGAGCUUUUGGCAAGCGAUGAUACCGGAAGUGGACAGCUGGGCAUCCAUUCCAGACAAGAAUAUGGAAGCGCACUGUAUCAAAUGCAUGCGCUGAUUAAAGUCACAUCCUCUGAAAAGGUUUUGUCUAAUCCAAAGCUAUAUGCUUGCAACUCCAAUGACGGCUGUGUAUUGGUGGCUGACAGAACAGUGGUGGUGCUGGACAAUAUCUGUCGGUCUCUUCGGAUGUUUGCUCAGUUUGAGUCGGAGGUGGAUAUUGUUGGCUUGUGCUACGAAGGACAGUUUCUCGUGGUUGGGGAGAGAAGUGGCCAUCUUCAUUUCAUUCACGUAGCCUCAAAGCAAACCUUGCUAACCCAAGUUUUGGUUCAACGAUCUCAGAAUGGCAGAACUUAUUUGAAUCUUAUUCUUGAAGAAGAUAGUGCCACUAGAGGUAUCUACCAUGCAUUUAUUCUGACCAGCAAUGGGUUCUUCUGCAUUAUGCACCUGCCACUUGCCAGAACUCUGGAAGUAACUGAGAAGAUGGACAUCAGUGCGGCAAAAAAGCUACAAGAACAGGUGGAAACUUGUUUCGUUUCUACAGAAGACUACCACACUGUUGGCUGCCUGACUGCUGUGACGAGGCACAUGGCAAACAAGAUCUUUCUGAUGAUCGGGGGUGUUGGUGACAGCGUGAUGUCUGUGUGGGAGGUGGAUCCUAAUAAGAAGCUAAUAUCUAUUCAGAAUGUUGCAGAUUCCAGUAUUAUUGAAGCGGCACAAAAGCUUCAGGUUGUGGACAGCUUAUUGUUUGUCUUGGAUAAUGAGAAUAUUUUGACCCUGUGGGAUGUUCAUACUCUUACCUUGACCUGGGCCUGCCUUUCAGUUCACAUAGAAGAAUUUCUUCUGACUUCAGAAUCCGAUUUUUCAACCGUUGCAGGGUGGGGGUCUGCCAAUCUUAAACUGGUUGCUUUAACAAAACCAGACAAUAACCAACAGAUGAGGAGCAUCAUGGUGUUCUUGCUGCCUGCUAUGGACCAGCUCUUCUCUUUGGAAGUCACCAGCGUUUCCUCACUGGUUCAAAGUGGAAUAAACACAGAUACAAUAUACUUCUUGGAAGGAAUCGAUGAAAAUAACCAAAAGUCGUCUGACAUGCUGGUCUCACUUCUGGUAAUGAGAUGCUUAACGGAAGCCUUACCUGAGAACAGACUGAGUCGUUUACUUCACAAACACAAGUUUACAGAGGCUGAAAAUUUUGCUAUUCAGUUUGGACUGGAUGUUGAGCUUGUUUACAAAGUGAAAGUGAGCUCUGUUCUGGAAAGACUGGCUUCAGAAUCUGCUGGGAGUGAUGAACGAACAGCCUGGUUAGAACUUGUGUCUCAAGCUAAAGAAACUCUGGAUAAAAUAAAGGAUAACCAGUUUGUGGUAGAGUACUGCAUAAAUACACCAUGGCCAACGUAUGAAACAGCUCAGGAAAUGCUGAACUACGCUAAAAACAGGGUCUUGAAGAGAGAUGGCACGGCUGUGACCAUGCUUUCCGUUGGGGAUCCUGCAUCUCUCACAGAGGUGCUACAGGCGCAAAUGAAGCUAACUUCUUUUUAUGCAGCAUUUGGGCCACAGAAGUUCAGUGGAACUGCUUGGUUUGAGUUUCUAAACAAUGACGACAUCUUCAAGGACAUUCUCUUGCAGCUAAAAGAAGGAAAUCUCUCUUCGGCACAGUGCCUCUGGUUAAGGCAUCAGGCAGACUUUGAAAAUGACUUUGGUGUGAACAGAUUGGAUGAGCUGCUUAAUGCAGUCCCUGCGACUGUUUCCUUCAAAGAACUGUGUCCGUGGUUUAAGGAAGUUGUCGUCCCAUUUGUAAGGCGGUUUGUAGCUCAAGGACAGAAAAGACUAGCCAAAUGGCUGGAAGAAGGGGCUCGGAACCUUGAAUUAACUGACAAGAUGAAUUGGCCUGAAAAUGGACUUGAAAUGGCACAGGUGUUUUUCACCAGCAGAAACCCAGAUGAAAUUGGAUUGGCAUCUUCUUGGAACUGGGUUCCUUUGAAGAAUGAUGACCAUGAAGAAGUCCAUCAUUUAGCAAAACUGGUCAGUGCUUUACGGGGCUUGGUAGAUCUCUAUAGGAAGUACAACUGCAAGCUGGCCCUCUGCAACUUUGAAAAGGAAAAUGCCAAUACAAUUGUAUUCCGUAUGCUCGAUAAAGUCCUUGCAGCAGAACUCAUUCCAGCAGCCUUAGAGAAGUUUAUUGAACCCUACAUGUACCAUCACAAUCUACAAAAAGACGACCUUCUCUUGCAGUACUUAAAGGGCCUCGAGGAGCGGUACUGCACACGGUCGACAUCUGUCUUUGACACGACCUGGGAAGCGAAAGCGAUCGCUGUUCUGGGCUGCAUGACCAGCUUGGAUCUGAUCUUUGAAGGAGUGCUGGCAAUAAUGCAGGGCGCUGUGGUUCCGUGGAGCCCAGGAGUGGAACAGCUGGUGCGACGAUACCUGGACAUGGAUCAUGCCAAAGUGAAGCUGCUGCAGGAAGGUUACACGCUCAUGGAAAUGAAGAAACUUCUGCGGAGCUAUGGAAUAAAAGACACCAACCUUUUAAAGGACAAACAGGUGAUGCUGAUGCUGGUAAAGUACAUCCUUAAGCAAGACACCCCUUCUUCUUUGGAAGACGCCCUGAAAAUGGCGAAUGCAUACAUGCUGCCCCCUGCAGGAGUCUACCUUCAGAAGAUUAUAAACCUCCUUGAUAAAGGAAAGGGGGAGAGCAUCAUAAGCUUGUUAAAAUCGCUGCCUCCUGCUGAAGCAGUGGAAAUUGUCAAGAGGACACUGAUAUGGGGAAGACUGGAGUUGGAGGACGAAAUGGAGUAUUCCAAAGAAGAGGUAGCCCCCCGGAAAAUACAGCUGCAUUUGAAACACACUCUUGUGGAGAUGCUUAAAUUCCUGCUUGAUAUUCAGAAAGAUAAUCCUCUGAAAAAAGAAGAGUAUGAAGCAGACUUAAAGCAGUUUAAAACUAUUGCAGCCUUGCAGGAGAAUUUUAAUGUCUGCAUUUCAGUCGAAGGUUAUGAGAAUCCGUCACUUCGGUCUCAGCUCUUGGAGGACUCUAUUGAAGCCUGCAGAAGAAGCCGAAAAUCGCACACAAAGCAAGAGGAAAACGCCACUUCGGAGGAAAGUGGCACAAAGAAACCAUGGACAGAAUCAAGAGUUUACAGACAGGCUUCGCUUCUACGAUGGACAGAGCAGGAAGUGGGGUCUGAGCUUGUGCUGAGAGCAUUGGAGGCUGGAAGAGUUGAAGAGGCACUAAAGAGAUGCAGAGAGGCUUGUGAGCAUCGCCCUAAUGAACAAACAGGACAAAUGCUAUUUUUAGCAUCUCAAAAGCUCUGUCACAUGUUGGGUUCUGAUACCUUGAUGGUCACGCCAGAAGGAAUAAAUCUCCCAGCUGUGAUCUACGAACUGGCUUGUCAGGCAGCUACACUCUGCAGUGCUGAUAUCUUAUUGGAUGCAUUGGAGCUUUGUAAAUAUACCUCAUUUGCCCAUGAAAUUUCUGGGAAGUGCCAGAUUGAAGACUAUGGAUUUAUAUCGGAGACAACCUCUUCUGGAGCUGAUAAAGAUCCUUAUGUAGAGUGGACUUUCGAUGACUUCUUCACUGAAGACGGUGCAGUCCUGGACCCUCCUGCUGUGCUGCCUGUUGCCUAUCAAAUUACUUCUUGCAUGGUGCCUCUUGCAGAACGGAGGAUGUAUCCGCUGGAUUCUACCAGUUUGCCCCAUUGUCCAUUCAUCCAAGGAAGGAAUCUGUGCUUGCCGUGCAGGACUCCCAUCUGUAGUCUGCUCAGCAGUUUCCAAGAAUGUAGCCAAUUUGAGUUGGCCUUGGGGCUGAUCACCUCUUCUCACUGGUCCUUGGUCCGGCACAUGAUAGGAAACAACAUGGAUAUUGGCUUGGGUGAACAGCUGCAUGACCAGCCAACACGAGACGAAGCCAGGAAGUUCCUCUUUGCAAUGAUGCAGAGCUCUGCUUCCUUGAUUAAAACAGUCGUUCCAGCCCUGUUGCACAAGGUUUUCAACAGUCACCGGAUAGACCACAGUAUUGCAUUGGGCUAUUGCAUCCUCUUGCCCAAAGAGACUGUAUAUGGAAAGCUCUGGGACAUCAUUAACAACACAUUGCAAAAUUACAGCAAAGUUCUGGCCGUCAGCCUUCUUGGAGCACAACUUGCCAGUCACUAUAAAGAGGAGGAAAAGAAGCAAGCAUUUGAAGAGUUAAUUACAGAUGCUGAAUGGGGAAUCCAACUUGGCGAAUUUGGUAUUGAUUUCCACAAUUUAUUUAGAAAGCCAUCCAUAAGAAAGAAGGAGCUUCUCAGAACUCUGGUUCAGCAUCUGCAUACAGAUCUCAUACUAAAAUACUGCAGCACUUUCCUCUUGGAUAGUGAUGCAGCCCUGCAGCUCUGCAUAGAAACGAGUCUCCUCCGGAACGCCGGCACAAGUCCUGUCGAAGAGGGCUCUUCGGGGGAUACUGGGAAGCAUCCUCCGGCCUCGAUCGUGACGAGAGCUGCGGAAGUCAUUCCCUUGCUGAGAAGUACCACUGGCUUGGUGGCGAGUCUCUCCGCAAUGCUGCACAAGCUUGAUCCAUAUGAUUACGAAACCAUCGAAAGUCUCCUGUUCACGAUGGAAAAGGCAGGCGGGGGAGCAGCGGGCAUCCCACUGAACAGGGCCCUGAUGCUCAUUAAACACUUGAAAUCAUAUAAAAGAAAUUCCGUUCCUGGAGUUCUGGAACAUCAGCAUGCUUUCGAACAGAGUAUUCCUUUAUCGCCAGCUGCUCAAACAAGGUUGCCCUUCCAUUUGAUCUUCUUUAAAACAACUCAAUAUUUCUGGAAGAUAAUCGCUGCAGAACUUAAUGAGGAAUCCUUCCCAAAGUUGCUCUUGAUCUCCAAAUUCAUGAAGGUCUCUCUGGAUACCCUUCACGUGUCUGCUGCCAAACAAGUCUUCCAAGAGAAGCUGAAGCCGCAAGUGCUGGAACUGGCAAGGAAGGGCUAUCUGCCAGCAGUGGACAAGGAAACCACUCAAACCAUCCAGACCAUUCAGUCUUACCUGUUGUCUAUAACCAACCCAGAAUGGGCUGCAGCACUUGCUUACACAAUCGCACAAGAACUUCCAACAGGGCCCGCCAAGGUUCAGGCGCUGAAAUUCUGUGUUGGUUUAGUUGAAAAGUGGCUGAAGAAUACGGCUGUGACGGAGGAGUUGCAUGAAAAGGUUCGUGUGCAUCUGAAGAAGGUGAAGGUGCAGCACCAGCGAACUGCCACAGAGGCUGUGCUUGCAGCCCACAAGCUGGACUCGGAAAAGCAUCAGAAGCUCCUUGGGAAGCCAGCAAAUCUGGUGGUUUUGCUUUAUCAGCACAGCAGCAUCGCUGAAAGAGUUGAGAAUCCAACAGGCAGAGAUUACCCCGAUAUCCAUGCUGCAGCUAAAGAAAUAGCUGAAAUUAACGACUUGGAUAUGAAGAAAAUAUUGGACAUGCUUCUAGAAAAAUGGCUGUGUCCAGAUGUACUACCAGCAAACAAACCAUCAGAGGUCUCUGAAAACCUCCAAGAUGACGAAGACUUAAAGAGGGUAAUAUAUCUCCUUCAGCUUCGCCCACUGGAUAACGGCUUAAGAAUACUUUAUGAGUGUGCAGUAUCCACGACCUCACCUAUCGGAGUGAACCAGCUGACUUUUGCACACAGAAGCAGAGCACUCCGAUGUCUGAUCUACAUGGCAGAUUCCUCAGCUGUUGAGGCGCUCUUCAAAAAACCCAUUGAACAUGUGAAGUAUUUCCUAAAAUGCUUGAUCUACCUUGCCGAGUUGGAAACUCUGAACAUCCCGUACACAUAUGAAUCAUUUCACAGCACUCCUAAGGAAGGAAUGAUCAAAGGAUUAUGGAAGAACCAUAGCCACGAACCCAGGGCAGUGAAACUGGUGACGGAGCUGAGUUUACAAUACAAAGUGCACGACCCAGUGCUCUGGAAUGGUUUGCUGCAGAAGCUAAUCAGCUUCAAAAUGAUUCAUUAUGUGAGGAAAGUUUUGGUAGAGAUCACUGGAAUCCAUGCAUUAUGGCAGAUCCCCAAAUUCAGCCAAGCCUGGCAGAGUGUCAUUCUGGACCCGUUGCUUGCAGCUUCGUGUCCACCGAGUCCUAGUCAGCUGGAAGCAUGCCAUGAAUCUUUCAAGACACUACUGGAGUGUCCUGUCCUGUCUGAUCUAGAUAUAAUGGGGAUUGCAAAGCAGUAUGCCCAGUUAGACCUACUGGCUUUGGCUUCUGGGUGCCUCUUACUGAUUCCUCAGCCUGAGAAACGAGCUCAACAGAUUCAGGGUUUCCUAACUAUGUAUCGGCUUGAGACGAUACUACAACAAGUUGAGAAGCACAUGACUCAGGGUGAAUUGGCCGGUUUGGCUUCCCAGAUCAGGCAUUUGAUUCUGGACCACGUCGUAAGUGUGAAGGAUGGAGGAUUUGCAGCUGCAGAGUUCUUCCCUUUGAUGAAUGUUCAAGCAAUGGGUCCCGACAAACUGAAAGGCCUGGUGAAAAACCUUGUUGAUCAGCAGAGGAUGGACGAUGCGGCAGCCCUAAUAACAGAGUAUCUUAACAAUUCUGGCAAUCCUGUUCCAACAAACAUGUCCUCUUCAGACACUGUGAAGAUGUACUUCAGUGAGCGGGCAUAGACCUUCCGAUCAUACUCCUAAGAAUUAAGAGCUGCUUCUCUACGUCUCCUUUGGAAUGAGAUUUUGAAACUUCAUAUACGAUGAGUAUUUAAAGCUUUAUUAUGUAUCAAAACUGCUAUUGAAAGACUGUUAUUGUUAGAUUAUUUUUCUAUCCUGUACAUAGUCUAAUUCAAACACUGCCUUCCUGUUAUUAGCACUUUACAGCUCACUCAGAAGUCACUUUUUGUAACUUCUGUUCUGUAACAAACUAUUUUUCUCCUUGAAUAAAAAACAAUUAACGCA